CGCUCAUUGCAAUGUUUUCAAGAGUGUGACCAUAGACAAACCAUGCACCACCUCGCCUGCCAUCCAUGGAAACAUCAACGCUGUCAAAAUACAGAUUAUACACGUGGGGCGCAAACAGUUAUGGGCAGUUGGGACAGAGGGGCACAGAAGACUUGGCGGAACCACAACACGCUGAAUCGUCUCUCCUGAAGGAAGGCGUGAGUUGUAUCACCGGUGGUGGUGGACACUCAGUGCUUAUAACGGGUUCCGGUUCGCUGCUGGUUUGCGGACAGAACCACAAAGGACAGCUCGGCCUGGGUCACACCACGGAGGUGUUGACCUUUGUUUCUGUCUCUUUUCCCAGCCCCGUUCAGCAGGUGUGCUGUGGAUGGGAUUUCACCCUCUUUCUCACUGGCAGUGGGCAGGUGUUGUCGUGUGGCUCCAAUGCAUUUGGCCAGCUGGGAGUGCCACUGCAGGUGCCCUAUUCCGCCCAGCCUCUUCCAGUCCAGUCUCUGCAUGAGCCAGUCAUCAGUGUAGCUGCUGGACUCAGACACGCUCUGGCUGUGACACGUAGUGGUGGAGUUUAUCAGUGGGGUACAGGUUUGUACAAUCAGGCCAAACGAUGCAGACGUGACUCUGUGGUACCGUCUUACCUGUCUUCCAAAGAGCCUUGUAUUGUUCCAGGUCUGAAUCAUGUGACCACUGUAAAAGUAGCUGCAGGCUCCGCCCAUUCUGUGUGUGUGACUGCUAGGGGAGAUGUAUUCCUGUGGGGCAGUAAUAAGUAUGGACAGCUGGGACAUGCUGACUCAUUCCUGCCUCUCCCCGUGGCUUUAGACCGCUCUCUGUUCGACGGAGAGAGUGUUAUUCACAUACACAGCGGUUGGACACAUCUCAUAGCCUCAACAGAGAGUGGGCGUGUCUUCACCUGGGGAAGAGUCAAUUAUGGACAGCUUGGAAGGCAGGUGCCAGCCAAUGGCAGCACAGAACUGGGACCAGAUGCAUCUCAGACAGAAAGCUCACCGAUGCCACACUGUGUUCCCACGGAGAUCCCUGAUCUCACUGGAGCGUCAAAGAUUGCCUGUGGAUCUGAGCACAGCCUGGCCAUUGUAGGGGAUCGUCUGUUCUCCUGGGGAUGGAACGAGCAUGGAAUGUGUGGAGACGGAUCCCUUUGUGAUGUCAUGCGCCCACGGCCAAUCCCUGCGCUCAGAGGUGCCAGGCCUGUGCUGAUUGGCUGUGGAGCAGGGCAUUCCAUGGCACUGUGUUGUAUGAAGGACGGUGAAGACUGUGCUGCGGCUCUAGCUGAAGGUGAAAUCGUUUAAGGCGCUGCUGCCCUUGCUGCAAACGCACAAGCUGUCUCAAGAAAAUGUGUGACUUAUCAGAGUCCUUACCCUUCCACAUACUCACACACACACACACACACACACACACACACACCCCUUAUGGCUUUGCAUUGAAAUUUCAGUAAACAAGAGGAACAGAGCCCUAAUUUUGUAAUAAUCUCAUCAGAAAUGAUUAUGUACACACUAUGCAUUAUGUUUCUGUACUGUGGGGUUUGGCUCUACAGUCCUGUCCCAGCGGAGCACAGCGCUACGGAUGAGUGCAUGGAGCUGGAGUGCAUUUGGAGCACUCUGACACUGGCGCAUUUUAACCCUGGCGCAUUAGCUAGAUCAUUACAGCAUCACCCGUGCCCCUUCUGCGGAUGUGCUCCCAUCAUGGUGUGGUUUUAUGGCUUGGAGCUUGACAGACCCCAUUGGCUCUGUCUUACCGAGGGGACUGAUGUCUAGACUCUUGACUCAUGACUAUAAGAUAAGCUCUUGCAUUAUCAUAUCACUCUACUAAAUGGACAUGUAUAUUAUGGAAUGAAAAUAAAUUGGGGUGUCAUGUAAAA